AUGCUGCUGCUCCUCCUGCUAUUGCUCACCACCGCAGCAACCACCAACUGUGCAGCUGCUUCCUCAUCUUCCACUGGUCAUGGCAGCGAUGUGGGAGCUCUUCUCUCGUUCAAGGAAAAGAUCUCCCACCACUCUGGCGUGCUGGACUCCUGGAACCAGAGCACCAGCUACUGCAGCUGGGAGGGAGUCACCUGUGGCACGAGGCACCGGUGGAGGGUGGUAGCUCUGAACCUCAAUUCCCAGGGACUCACCGGCACCAUCUCCCCAGCCAUCGGCAACCUCACCUUCCUGCGCUCACUCAAUCUGAGCAGCAACACCCUUCAAGGUGUGAUCCCUCCCAGCAUCGGCUCCCUAAUGCGCCUCCGGCGUAUCGACCUGAGUGAAAACAUGCUCACCGGUGUCAUUCCAAGCAACAUUAGCCGCUAUAUCAGCCUCCAAGUGAUGGCCAUUGGUAGCAAUAAGGGGUGCAGGGAAGCAUCCCAACUGAGAUUGCAAAAUCUUGAAGUGUUUGUUCUUGAUUACAACAUGUUCCAGGCAAACAAAAAGGAAGAGUGGGAAUUUAUUGCUUCUUUGACGAAUUGUAGCAGAUUACAGAUGCUGAGCAUUGGAGGGAAUAGGUUUGCAGGGAAACUACCAAGUUCGUUGGCUAAUCUAACCACCAACCUUCAGUGGCUACGGACACCCAGCAAUUACAUAUCUGGUGUUAUCCCAUCUGAGAUUGGAAAUCUGGCAAAUCUUAUCAACCUUGAUUUUAGUGAAAACAUACUCACUGGGACAAUUCCUGAAGGCAUAGGGGAGGCUACACAAUUGACCCAGCUAUAUCUGUAUUCGAACAACUUCUUAGGACAUAUACCAUCCUCCAUCGGGAACCUCACUGGUCUAUCUGAACUUGACGCACAUGGCAACAGACUGGAGGGAUCAAUUCCACCAAGCAUUGGAAAUUUGAGCAAACUUUCAGCCUUAGAUCUAUCAAGUAACAAUACCAAACGAAAUUAUGGAUCAUCACUCACAAUACUGCUUGGUCUAUCUUACAACUUACUGGACGGACCACUUCCUUUAGAAGUUGGUAAUUUGAUCGCUGCUGCGGCCAGCCGGCGGGCCCUCCCGCCGAUCGCUGCGGCCAGCCGGCGGGCCCUCCCGCCGAUCGCUACGGCCAGCCCUCGCUGCUGCAGCCAGCCGGCUGGCCCUCCCACAAGCAAGGAGCUCUCCGCCAUCUCCGACAAGCAAGCAUACAUGGCAACAAGCGUUCUGGACCUCAACUCUGCCCCUCCAGAACAAUUGGAUGGUGAAUUAGUACCUGCUGAAGGUGAGAACACAGCUGGCAAGGAAGGCGAUGCUCUCAUUCAAGCUGCAGGUACAUGCUUCAUACUCUAUUUGGAGCAGCAACAGAACUGA